CUUCCUUAGGCGGCAGCCAUGGCUGGACAGGAGGAUCUGGUGCAGCGGGAAAUUCACCAGGACUGGGACAACCAGGAGUACGUUGAGCUAAGCAGCAGCAGCAUCAAGAAAAUAGUGGACAUUCUCAACUCGUUCGGUAUGUCUUGUCGUUCAAGACUUGCAACACUGAAUAAGAAAUUGACAGCCCUCAAACGGAGAAGAGAGUACACUGAAGCAUGGGUGACAAAAGGUGAGACCCUCACCUAGAACUGUGCCAGGCUGCUGCUGGGAAGUUGCUUUACAGAACACAGGCCUCCAUGGGAAAAGCCCCAGCAGACUUCAACUUCUUCCUCUCUCCUUAAAGAACAACAGGGCUUAUUCUUGUUUUUCUUUCUUCGAUAAUGU